CUCGCUUCUGAGUGAACGCGUUUACCUCGACGACAUUGUGUGUGGCUCUCGGGAUAGAUAAUCUUGUCUUUAUUGGUGGAAAUGUCUCUGAGCAAAGAGAAAAAAGACCAGAACACAGUGAUGCUGCUUAUCGGUAAAACCGGAUCAGGGAAAAGUACAACAGGAAAUACCAUCUUUAACGAAACUGUGUUUCAGUCUGAAAUGAGCUGUUCAUCAGUGACCAGAGUCUGUCAAGCACACACUGGAGCUGUUAAUAACAGGAGAGUGACAGUGAUCGAUACUCCAGACUUCCUCUUUUUCACUCACACUGACUUUGAUUCAGACACGGAGCUGAAGAGAGCUCUUGAAUUAUGUUCACCAGGAGCUCAUGUCAUUCUGCUUCUCCUGUCUUUAAGCACUUUCACUGAGCAGGAGAAGGAUUUCAUUGAUUGGUUUGAGCAGAAGUUUGGUGCAGAAGCUCUCAGAUUUACUCUAGUGCUCUUCACUCACGCAGAUCAGACGCACAUAAGAUCAUUAGGAGAAAUGAUCAGCAGAAAUACUCAGUUAGCUGAUUUUAUUAAUCGGUGUGGUCAGAGACAUCAUGAGUUUAACAUUAAAGCUCCAGCAAACAGACAGCAGGUGACUGAACUCAUGGAGAAGAUUGACAGACUACUGUCUGAGAACAGAAACUCCUGCCUCACACAAGAAAUGAUGCAGGAGACUGAGAGGAGGAGAAAGGAGGAAGAGAGGAGAGCAGAGAGGGAGAGGAGAGAGAGAGAACAUCAAAUGAUAUUAGAGAGAGUCAGAAUAGAGACAGAGAUGCGUGUCAGGAAAGAAUAUGAGGAGAAAAAAGCUGGGAUACUGGAGGAGACAUUUUGGAAGAAGCUCAAACAUCUCUUUAUUAAACAGAUAAAGCUGAAAUAUGUCUGUGUAAUUAUGGUUUUUGCUGUAGCAACAGGAGGUGUUUUGGUGUGGAAGGAAGUCUCUUCACAUGGAUGGACCCUCAAUGGUUUCAUUACUGGAGGAUCAGCAGCAGCUGCAGGAGUUUUCACAGGGAUUCUCUGGAGAUUGAUGUUGAAGAGUCAAUUUAUCUGUUCAUCUUCUCAUGAGUGUCCCAGCACUGUUAGACAGUUAUUACUGAAGACAGCAGGUGUUGUGUGUGGUUUAUCUGCCGGAGCUGUGAUUGGUCACUUUCUAGGAGGAAAUGUGUUUUGCGUUACCGCUUUAGCAGGAUUUGCUGGAGCCGCUGGAGCUUUUACAGCUUCAUAGCUUUACAGAUCACGAUGAAAUAAUGCAGGUGUAUUAUUUGUACAUUAGCACA